GGACUUCAAAGAAAAUUCCACAACAGUGUCGAGAAUCCACGCAAGAAAAAAAAAUCUGUAUAUCAGACGCUUCUGUGACCAACAAGUGACAAGACAAUGUCAUCACCAUUUCCCUCCACCUUCCCGCCUGACUACCUUGAUCCUUCGAUGCUGCUCAUAUCCCUCUUCUUUCUCCUUGCCUGGUCUUUGAUACUUUUCUUCUUCCAUACUCAUUAUAAAACAAGAACUUCUCUCUUUAUGAAUACCACUUCUAUUAAGAGAAAAGGAAGCAAGCAAGCAGUGGUUUUCAUACAAUGGAUUUCGAUUUGCAGACCAAACCACGGUUCUGUGUUGGUCGGGGACUAGCAACUUUGGUUACUUCCUCCGGGAUCCUGCACAACGCUUGGGAGGAGAUUUGUAAAGUUUCAAAAAAUGGCGUAGAAUUUUCUCUGAAAGAAGAUGAACGUGUAGCAUAUGUGACCUUCCCAUCAUUUUCUAAAGAAGAUUUCACUGUCACAGAUAGUAGAUAUGGAGAAUACAGUAUCCAGAAUGAGAAAAACUUUUCUGUCUGCCUCAAGGGUACUGAUGAUAAGCCUGCCCUUGUUCACAAGGGAGCUUUCAACCGAUUCCUGCGUAUUCUGGAAAGUUCAGAUUUCAAAGCCAAGAUACAAGCUUUAAAGUCACAGGCCAUUAUAUUUGUGGGCCAUUCCAUGGGGGGUGCAAUUGCGACUCUGGCCACUCUGUGGUUUCUGCAAAAGAAGGCAAGAAACAUGUCUUAUUUUUGCAUUACAUUUGGUUCUCCUUUGGUGGGAAAUGCUAUUCUUGGGGAGGCAAUUGGGCGUGAGAAUUGGACGGGAAAAUUUUGUCAUGUUGUUUCCAAGUAUGAUAUUGUUCCUAGGAUGCUCCUUGCACCAUUUGAAUCAAUUGCCGAGCCUUUGAAUGCAAUUGUGCCUCAUUGGGGGAGCAUGAUGGGCAUUGACUAUGUUGCUGUAUCACAUCUUUCUAUACCAGAGGCUUGCAAAACUCUUCUUGAGAAUGUCCUACAAUGCACAUCUCCAAUAGCAAAUAAUUAUCCAGGAGAAUCUGGUCAAAGAAGCCCAUAUAGACCCUUUGGUACUUAUAUGUUUUGUUCAACGCAAGGAGCAGCUUGUAUUGAUGACUCUGAAGCUGUCCUGAAGAUGCUGCAUUUCACUGUGCAAGGAAUGCCUUCUGAUCAACUUGCAGACACAUGUGCUUCAGAUCACACAGGUUAUGGCCAAAUGUUGGAAGAUGUCAACAAAAAAUUGCUAAAUGCAACGCCAAUUGCAAAUUUUGCCACAGACUCCUUCGAGAUGGGAAUAGCACUGGAAUUGGAAGCAAUGGGUGUUGGAGCUCAGAACCAUCAUGCAUCCCUUGCACUCAGAAAAGCUGGAGAGAUGAAAAAUAAGCAAGAUAUGAACAUUGAAAAGCUCAAUGACAAAUUGAGCAAAGGCCAAAGUUCUAUGGCAGAGGUGGAAUGGUACAAAGCACGUUGUACGAAGGGUUCUGGCUGCUAUGAUUCUUUCAAACAGCAUGGUGGAAAGUCAGAUGUUCAUGUAAAUUUGGCUAGAAAAAAGUUGGAAACAUUUUGGCAAGAAAUUGUUGAGAUGGAGGAGAAACAUGAAUUGCCUAGCGACUUCCGAUGCCAAAAUAAAUGGAUUAAUGCUGGCACUGCAUAUAGAAGACUUGUAGAGCCUUUGGACAUUGCAUACUACUAUCAUACACGGAAGGAUAGCAAAAGCUAUCUUUCAGUGAGACCCCACCAUUACAUAGUUCUGGAGAAAUGGAUGAAAGAAAAAGAACAAACUCGUACUGGUAGAGAUAAGAAGGAUCGUACAAAGUUUGCAUCCUUAACUCUGGACUCCUGUUUUUGGGCUCAUUUAGAAGAAGCCUAUCAAGCAUUGACAAGUCUCCAGCAAGUGCAAGGUCAACAUCAAGUCAUGAAUGCUUCACUGCAAGAAAGCCGAGAGUUUGAAAAUUAUAUUUGGGGUAUGAUCAGAGACAAGAGUAUUUCUGCAGAGAUUUUCUUAAUGGAGAGUAGCUUCAUGCUUUGGUGGGAACAGUACAGCAACUAUCUUCAACUUCAAUUCCCGCAAUGGAGCUCAAGCUCUCCUCUGUUCAACUUCAUGGCAAAUGAGAGUUGGAAGUAGAAAAUUCAGAAGAAUGGGCUUUCUCUUACCUGGGGAAAGAUCUUUCAAAAUAAUAUUCUGUUUUAAGUAGUUAAUUUGUGUGGUUUCUUCCUUGUGCUUAGUUUUCUUUUCAAGUAGAGGAUGUUAUAUUUCGAAUGAUGAGUAGAUAAUGGACUCCAUCAUGUAUGUUGAGUUCUUGAAAUGUAAAUAUGUAGUAAUAGGACUGUGGAGUUGACUUCUCCGGAGUUCAGAGGACUUUCAUUCCAAGCGAAUGUUAUGCCCAUCAGAGGUUUGUUUA